GGUGGCAAAUUCGAUCAUGCUGACCGGCUUUUUCAUAGCAUUGGAGGAACAUAUCGGAACUGCCUUUCUAAUACAAGUGAUGUGAAAGAGUUGAUUCCUGAAUUCUUUUACAUGCCAGAAUUUCUGAUCAACUCAAACUCAUACCAUUUUGGUGUCAAACAAGAUGGAGAACCAAUAGGUGAUAUUUGCCUACCGCCAUGGGCCAAGGGUUCUCCCGAGGAAUUUAUUUGUAAGAACAGAGAAGCCCUUGAAAGCGAAUAUGUGAGCUCAAAUCUCCACCACUGGAUUGAUUUAGUGUUUGGUUACAAGCAGCGGGGAAAACCAGCAGUUGAGGCAGCAAAUAUUUUUUAUUAUUUGACAUAUGAAGGGGCUGUGGAUCUGGAUACCAUGGAUGAUGAAUUGCAAAGGUCGGCAAUAGAAGAUCAAAUUGCCAACUUUGGUCAAUCACCAAUUCAACUUUUCCGGAAGAAACAUCCUAGAAGAGGACCUCCAAUUCCAAUUGCCCAUCCUCUACGAUUUGCUCCUGGUUCUAUUAACCUAACAUCAAUUGCUUCAUGCGGAAGCAGUUCUUCGUCAGCUACUCUGUAUGUUAAUGUGCUGGACUCAAACAUUGUCCUUGUGAACCAGGGCCUCACCAUGUCGGUUAAGACAUGGGUGACCACCCAGUUGCAAUCCGGUGGGAACUUCACCUUCUCUGGCUCACAGGAUCCUUUUUUCGGGAUUGGUUCUGAUGUUCUUCCCCCUCGGAAAAUUGGGAGUCCUUUGGCUGAAAAUAUUGAGCUUGCAGCACAAUGCUUUGGAACAUUAUCAACAACAUCUGAAAAUUUUUUGAUAACAUGUGGUACCUGUGAAAACAGCUUUCAGGUUAUAUCGCUAACUGAUGGCAGAAUGGUGCAGAGCGUUAGACAACAUAAAGAUGUUGUGAGCUGCAUUGCAGGUAAUUUUCAUGACUGUAAUAUGUGGCAACUUGGUUGGAGCUUCUCACUAACAAAUCUACACACCGAGUGUCUCGAAAAAUGAAGUAAGCUGAGAACC